CCCAGUACAUCAAGGGCUAGUACAACAAUUUCGCUGAUGCCUUGUCUCGUAGACCAGAUUUCUCUGGUGCGCUGAUCAUUGAGUUUGGGCUUGCGGAUAAUGUUACUCAGUCUUUGGUGGAAGCCUAUCGGGAGGACCUGUUUAUGGCCGAGAUCAUACGCAGACUCGAGGCGAAGGACAAAGUAACUUCUGCCGAGUUUGAGUUGGUCAACGGCCUGCUGUUCCUUGAGAAGGCAGGGAAUAAAUGGUUGUGUGUUCCGCAUAGCGAGUCUUUGCGUAGUUUGUUUUUAGGAGAAUGUCACGAUGCCACCGGACAUUUUGGUUUUAAGAAGACUGCGGCCAAUCUGAUGCAGAAGUUCUGGUGGCCCUCUAUGAUGAAAGAUGCGAAGCUGUACGUGGAGACUUGUCAAGUCUGUCAAAGGGACAAGCCACAUACUCAGGCUCCUCUUGGGCUCUUGAAGCCGCUUCCGAUUCCGGAAAGGCCCGAUGAGAGUCUGUCCAUGGACUUCAUGGAUACGCUGAUCACCAGCAAGAGUGGAAUGCGUUAUAUCUACGUCAUUGUGGAUAGAUUUAGUAAGUGUGCUAGGUUAAUAGCAAUGCCGAAAACAGCAAAAACGGAGUAUGUGAUCCGAAUGUUCAAAGAGAACUGGGUUAGAGACUUUCGUUUACCGAAGUCUAUUGUUAGUGACAGGGAUGUCCGGUUUACCAGCGAGUUGUGGAAGGCCGCUGCUGCAGACCAGGGCACUCAGUUGCAGAUGACUUUUGGGAAUCACCCAGAGGCCAAUGGACAGGCUGAGCAACUGAAUCGCGUUGUACAACACCUGUUGAGGCACUACAUCAAGCCCAACCAGGUGGACUGGGAUGAGAAGCUGGCUCUCAUCGCCAGCUUGUACAACAACGCUGUACACAGCGCCACCGGGGUGAGCCCAAACAGCUUACUGCUACGUUUCAAGCCUAGACUGCCCUUAGACUUUCUUCUUCCUGAGAAUCAGACCACUGCUGCACCAGGUACCUUAGAAUCUGCUUAUCGGUAUGAACAGAAGAUGCACCAGGCUGUAGAACAGAUGCAAAAGGCACAGGCGACAAUGAUAGAGUCUGAAAAUAGACACCGCCGUCCUUCUACGUUUCAGGUUGGGGACCGAGUCUGGGUUAAGUCUUCAGAACUGGGACAGGAGCACGGGAUUUCCCGCAAACUCAUGCCCCAGUACUUUGGACCCUGGGAAGUCUUGGACAUCGUUGGGACAGAUCCGGAUGGGCCAUCUUAUGUUAUCCGGAUUCCUGGUCAUCUCCGUACUUACCCUGUCUUUCACGCCUCCAAGCUGCUACCUUUCAAAGAUACUGAACAGUUUCCAUCUCGUCGCUCAAUGUUGCCCCCAACCAUGGAUGGAGAGGUGGACAUUGAUGAUAUUGUGGAUCACAGAGAGCUGCCGGUAUCAAGACCAGCAGGCAGGGGACGUCCUCCGAAACCGAAGCUGCAGUACCGCGUUCGGUUCCGGCAUCACACUGAUCCAAAGGAGGACCGCUGGGAGACGAAGCGACAUGAAGGCGAGGACGAGGAAGAGGAGGGGGAGGGCGAGGACAAGGAAGAGGAAGGGGAACACGAGGAGGAGGAGCGAACGGAAGGCGAACGGAGGGUAGGGAGGCAAAAAGAGAUAAAGCUGGAGGAGAAAGGGGAGAAGGAGGACAAAGGGGAAGGACGAGGACGAGGAAGCGGAAGAGGAACACGAGGAGGAGCGAAAGGAAGGCGAAAGUCUGAAAGGAGGGAGGGUAGGGAGGCAGAAAGAGAUGGAGCUGGAGGAGAAGGGGGAGGAGGAGGACUAAGGGGAAGGAAGAGAAGAGGAGGGGAAAGUACAAAGGAGGGAAAGGAGGGAGAAUAGGAAAAGUUAGGGGGGAAGUCGAAGGGGUGCGGGGGGGAUGCUAAAGGUGCGAAAUCGCACCACAUGGCUGCGCCAUGUGGCACU